CAAUUCCAGGUUAGAGUCUAUCAUUGAGGGGAUGUCAAGACUGGAACUAAAACAACACACACCCAUAGUCAAAGAGCAGAGAACAGGGCUGGAGAAAUAACUCAGUGAUUAAGCACAUGCGGCUCUUGCUGAGGACCCAGGUUCAUGUCCCAACACCCACAUGUCUGCUCACAUCUGUUUAUAACUCGAUUUCCAGGGAUCCAGCACCUCUUCUGACAUUUAUGGGCACUGGGUACAUACAUACAUGUAGGCCAAACACUCAUAUAUAAAUGAUCUAAGAAACUUUUUUAAAAAGUGGUAAUUGCACACAUGGUGCUUGCUCACACAGAAGUUCAACUAGUUUUCUUCACUUUCAGACAAUUCAGGAUACACCGAGAAUGGUGCCUCUACUCAGAGUAGAUCUUCUAUCUCAGGCCAACUUGAUCUAGCUCAUUACUCAAAUGAGGCCCCCUUAGGUGGUUCUAAGUCUGCCAAGAUAAAUGAAAGACAUCUUGCUGUAUGACUGCUUGCUUGUUAUUUGUGUGGUGUGACAGUGGCUUUUGCACAAACGUGUACUACAGAGCAUGGGAGAGGUUAGAGGACAACUUACCAGAGUCAGUUCCCUCCACCCUGAGGAUUCCAGAGAUCAGUCUCAUAGGAGUUUGGGAGCAAGCAUACUUACUCACUGAGUUAUCCCAUCACCACCCUGAAUUGCUAUUUCAUGUUUUGCUUCAUGUGUACCAUGUUUGUGCCUAGUGUUUGCAAAGGCUGAAAGAGAGACGCAGGAUCCCUGGAACUGGAGUUACAACAUAAGCUGCCACCUAGGUGCUGGGAAUUGAACCUGGGUUCUCUGCAAAAGCAGCCAGUGCUCUCAACCACUGAGCCACCUUUCCAGCCCCCUUCGAAUUGCUAUUUUAAAACAAUCUUUGAAAUACCUGUUUACAGCUGAUCUGAUCAUUGAUAUUGAGGUUAUACCUAUAGCAAUAAUUACUAAGCCACUGUUAACUUUGCUUUCUCUUUUCACAACUGGUUGUGCCAGUUUCUGUUCAGUACUCAGAACUUGUAGUUGUCAAGCUUGCUAUGUAUGGGUCAAGAGAUUUCUUGGCACAACUCUGAAAGUAAAGGAAAUUAGAGUGGGUGAAAGAGAGUCUGUAUUCAUCCUGCUUCAGUGUGUUCCUAAACUCAUGGUAACUCUAGAAAUUUCCUAUCCCGUUCUGCAUUCUGCUAGAAGGGCUUGAGGAUUCUAGUUUUGUCCACUCUUGUCAUUGUCCGUUGCUUUCAUUACUAUCCCACGGGAUAAAAUAAUGAUAGCUAUAGUUAAGGAAGCAAACAUGCUGCGUGCUAUGCAGACUGACUGUCUCCUAAAAUAUAUACAUGCUUUUUUCUCUCCAGCUGAAACCAAACCCCAUGAGGGAAAGAGAAAAGUGGAAUCGCUGUGGCCCAUUUUCAGAAUCCAUCACCAGAAAACGCAAUAUAUAUUUGACCUGUUUUAUAAGCGGAAAGCCAUUAGUAGAGAGCUCUAUGAAUACUGCAUUAAAGAAGGCUAUGCAGACAAAAACCUAAUUGCCACGUGGAAAAAGCAGGGCUAUGAGAAUUUAUGCUGCCUACGCUGCAUUCAGACCAGGGACACCAACUUUGGGAUGAACUGCAUUUGCCAGGUCCUGAAAAGCAAGCUGGAAGUGGGUCGCAUCAUCGAGUGCACACACUGUGGCUGCAGAGGUUGCUCUGGCUGACACCCAUGACUCUGCUGUAUUCUGGACUUUGGACUUUGUUGGUUUCUACCUACUGGGCCACCCUCCUUCUGGAGCAGCUCUUCUCAGAGUGGUGCCCAGAGAAGAGACCCAGAGGGAACAUGGGC